AUCACAAUGGACGAGAAAGUUUAUGUGAAUGUGACCAGUCACAAUGCCAGCGAGUAUCAGUUUUUUUCUUCUGGCGUAAAACACUUUAAAAUAAGCUCAACACAACAGAUUCCACAAGAAUGUGUAAAUGGUUUCCAAUCACCCAGCCUUGAGUUUGGUAGUGCAUUCACCUAUGUAAUCAGAAAGCAGGAUACUGGCUGCCCCGAAUUGCACAUGUUUGAAGAUAUUCCACCCAACACAGUUAACAUGGCUCUGCAGAUCCCGCAGUAUUUCCUCCUCACCUGCGGAGAGGUGGUUUUCUCUGUCACGGGACUGGAGUUCUCAUAUUCUCAGGCCCCCUCCAACAUGAAGUCGGUGCUUCAAGCAGGAUGGCUAUUGACGGUGGCCGUUGGCAACAUCAUCGUGCUUAUAAUAGCAGGAGCAGGCCAGAUCAGUGAACAGUGGGCUGAGUACAUUCUAUUUGCGGCAUUGCUCCUGGCUGUCUGCGUAAUAUUUGCCAUCAUGGCCCUAUCCUAUACUUACAUCAAUCCAGCGGAGAUUGAAGCUCAGUUUGAUAAUGAGGAUGAGAAAAAGAACCUGGAAAAGAUGCAUAUACAUUCCACGACGGCUCCUGUCUCGCAGACCCAGAUGUGAAUGUCAGGAAGCAAGUGGAGGACGGACUGGGUCCAGAACGUGCCCUUACUUCUGUCCCCUGGUUGCAGGACAUUCUGAUGGGGAAGACUUCAGAAUUGUGAACCAAGAAAGCUCUUUUCCAAGCAGCCAGCAAUGAACCUAAAACUGGAAGAAGUCCUUUCCUUUUAAGAAAAGUCAUAUUUAAAGCAAGGAGAUACAUACACACACAUACACCCUUGUUUCUACAACGAUGAAUACACACCCUGCCUUUAACUCCUUUUCUGCCACAUAAAUGAAGUUAUUUUGGACUAACUAGUCAUUUUUUGAAGGGGUGGCAAAGUUCCAUAUUGUUUGCAUUUUAACCCUCUUUGAAAACACCGUUAAAUGAGGCAGGAGCCGAUGUGAAAAGUGAAUGUACAUGCUUUAGAAUGGCAUGUAAUAAUAAGCACCAGCUUGUAUUAACUGAUAACUUUACCUUUUGUUUUUUUGUUUUAUUUUUUCCAUUCCUUAGCUCUUUUUAAAUUUUGUAUGACUCAAAAGACCACUCAGGUAAAGGCCAGUAAUGAUUUUUGGAGUUUCAAGUAUGAAAUACAUUCCUGUUCUUAAGAAUAAGUGUCAGUGUGUUUUGGGGGUAGGAUAAGAAAUCCUUAACCUGUGUCCCGAUUCUAAAAGUUGUGUAUGCUCAAUAAAAUGUCAUCAGGAGUUGAUAAAAGUAUGAACAAAAGCAAUGGCCACAUACAAUAAAUUCCAGGAACAUGAAA